ACACUUCUCAAAGUUUUCUUCUUCAGUAAACACGUGUCUUGAGAACGUCGUCAAAUAACUUAAUACAUUUGUGGAUUCCAUCAUCUCACUUGGAGCAAAUUCAUCCAUUGCAUCUUCCACAGCAUACCAUUUCAAAUUUGCGUACUAACCUUUUUUCUCCGUUAUUUUCACUAAGAGAAAAUCCAAAUACCGCUUGUGCUAGCCAAGUUAUUUUUUGUGAUAUAAUCUUGUGUGAUUUUGUGUCAUUGGGAUUGUGCAAUAAUUGGAACACUUUGUUAUAUUGGAGGAUUGUCUGUCGGAUCUCUACACGCAUAAAGUCGGUAAGUGGAAAUGGCUUAUUACCAUUUCAUCUUAUAAACCAACCCCCGCUUCACUGGUGACCCCGACGUGAUUAAAACCCGACCAACGUGAUGAGAACAGUCAUCCUUCGUCAUAUAAUGUUCUAAUUAUUAUCUCCCUUCUUCUCAUUUCAUUGUCGACUCACUCACAUUCUUCAAUAUGUCGACUUGCAAUCAAAAGCACCCUUUCUCGCAACCAACUACUAGUACUGGUACUUCUAUUCAAGAUUUAAGAGCAGAACUAUCAAAACUCACAAUUGCUAUCGACGCUUAUCGUCAACGUCAAGCUCGUCACAAUAAUCAUUCUCCCUCACAUCAACAUGCCGGAGAUUAUUGUUAUUAUCAUUGGCGCUUUGGUACAAAAUCUCACAAAUGUGUACCACCUUGCAAAUUCAAAAAGGCUUCAAACAAACAGGACACCAACAAACCAAAGCUAGCAACAACUAACCAAUCUUCCUCAAAAUCAAAAAGUCGCCUUUUCUACAUCACUGAUAGGAAAACUGGAAUUCGUUUUUUGGUCGACACAGGAGCUGAAGUUAGCGUUCUUCCUCCAUCAAAAGCCGAAAAACAUCAUCCUUCAUCAAAAUUCUAUCUACAAGCAGUUAAUCGCUCAAGCAUUACGACUUAUGGAGAGCGAAGCCUGACUCUCGACGUCGGCCUGCGUCGAGCUUGCAGAUGGAUUUUCAUCAUUGCUGAUAUUCCCAUUCCUAUCAUCGGGGCAGACUUCCUUCAUCACUUUGGUUUUCUUGUUGAUGUGCGCAAUCUCAAGCUCAUCGACUCUUCUACAAAUCUAUCUAUUAAUGGCAUCCUUUCUUCAUCUCCUUCUAUUAGCCCUAUGUUUCUGAAGCCAGAAAAUCAAGCUGCCUACAAAUCUAUCCUCGAAAAAUUUCCUGACAUCACACGCCCUGUGUAUAAGGAGGCUGAGAUCAAGCACUCCGUCACCCAUCACAUUGUGACGAAAGGCCCUCCUGUUUCAUCCCGUCCUCGUCGCCUAGCAACCGACAGGUACAAUAUCGCGAAGGCAGAAUUCGAUCACAUGCUGGAACUAGGCAUCAUUCAACCGUCUAGCAGCAACUGGGCAUCCCCACUUCAUAUGGUGCCCAAGAAAACACCCGGAGACUGGAGACCGUGUGGAGACUAUCGUGCACUAAAUAGGAAUACAGUGCCCGACAAAUAUCACAUUCCCCAUCUCCAAGACUUUACAUCUGCCCUAGCAGGCAAGCGAAUUUUUUCAAAACUCGAUCUCGUACGAGCAUAUCAUCAGAUUCCUGUCGAUCAAGCAGAUGUACACAAAACAGCCAUCACCACACCCUUUGGGUUAUUUGAGUUUGUACGCAUGCCUUUUGGGCUACGUAAUGCCGCACAAACUUUUCAACGAUUCAUUGAUGAAGUAACCCGUGGUCUUCCAUUUGUGUACGCCUACAUCGACGAUCUGCUCAUCGCUAGCGAAAAUGAAGAGGAGCACAAGCAACAUCUCCAGCUACUUUUCGCUCGACUCUCAAAAUAUGGCGUCGUCAUCAACCCAGCCAAGUGUGAAUUCGGCGCAUCUUCUCUCACCUUUCUCGGACACAUUGUUGAUGAGAACGGCAUCCGCCCUCUGCUCGAGAAAGUCAAAGUCAUCAACGAUUUCCCUGUUCCUGAUUCUCUUCGCAAACUCAGAGAAUUUCUAGGACUAGUCAAUUUCUAUCGUCGCUUCAUUCCUGAUUGUGCAACUCUCACUCAACCACUCACCGAUCUAUUGGCAUGCAAGCAGAAAAACAAAGCAAUCCAUCUCGAUGAUGCAGCCCUCAAUGCAUUCAACUCAGUGAAAACAGCUCUCGCUCAAGCUACUCUCCUUUCACACCCAAAACCUAAUGCCCCACUCUGCAUUAUGGUUGAUGCAUCAGAUUUUGCUGUUGGAGGUGUGUUGCAGCAACACAUUGACGAUGACUGGCAACCCAUCGCCUUCUUCUCAAAACGCCUGCAGCCAGCUGAGACAAGAUAUAGCACAUUCGGACGUGAACUUCUCUCUGUGUAUCUCACUAUUCGUCACUUCAGACAUGCACUUGAAGGACGACAAUUCUUCAUCUAUACUGAUCACAAACCUCUCACUCAUGCCUUUAAUGCUAGACCUGACAGGUAUUCACCACGCGAAGUCAGACACCUAGACUACAUAUCUCAAUUCAGCACAGAUAUAAGGCAUAUUAGUGGAAAACACAAUGUAGUGGCAGACGCUCUAUCUCGCAUGGAAAUCAACUCCCUCACUUCAACUCCUACCAUUGAUUUCAAUGCCAUCGCCGCUGCCCAGGAGGUUGACGAGGAACUCAAACAACUCACUUCAACCUCGCUCAAACUCGAACCUCUACCUCUUCCUAUUUCUGACUCUACUAUCCUAUGCGAUACUUCAACUACCAAUCCUCGACCUUACAUCCCAUCUAAAUUCAGACGAGUUGUAUUUGAUGCUCUUCACAACCUAUCUCACCCUGGCAUCAAUGCUACCCAAAAACUCAUCACAGACAGAUUUGUUUGGCCUGGAAUUAACAAAGAUGUUCGAAAUUGGACCAAAACUUGCAUACAGUGUCAACGUUGUAAAGUACACCGUCACACCAAGACACCGAUAGGUACUUUUUCAACACCUGAUGCUAGAUUCGAUCACAUUCAUAUCGAUCUCGUGGGACCACUUCCUCCUUCAAAUGGCAAUGCAUAUCUUCUCACAUGUGUUGACCGUUUCACCCGAUGGCCUGAGGCAAUGCCUAUUCCCGACAUAUCAGCUGAGACAGUUGCCCGAGCAUUCAUUUCUAACUGGGUAUCUCGUUUCGGUGCUCCCUCAACCAUCACUACCGAUAGAGGUCGACAAUUCGAAUCUUCCCUCUUUCAAGCUCUAACUCAUCUUCUUGGUAGCUCUAGAAUUCGAACUACAUCUUAUCAUCCUGCAUCAAAUGGACUGGUUGAGCGCUUUCAUCGGCAACUUAAAGCGUCACUCAAAACUACCUCUUCUCCACGAUGGACUGAAACUCUCCCUCUCGUCAUGCUUGGAAUUCGAACUGCAGUCAAAUCUGAUUUGGGAUGUUGCGCUGCUGAGCUGGUAUAUGGAACAACUUUAAGAUUGCCAGGUCAGUUUGUAGCACCUAAUCAGAAAGAUUGUGAUUUGGACCCUAGCAACUAUAUCCAUCGACUGAGAAAACAAAUGGAGAACCUCAAACCUCAGCCCACUCGUAUUCAGCAUCGCAAACCACAGGUCCACCCUGAUCUCACAUCAUGCACCCAUGUCUUUGUGCGUCAUGAUGCUGUCAAGAAACCCCUUCAACCACCCUAUGAUGGCCCAUAUCAAGUCAUCAAGCGAGCUGAUAAGUUUUUCACCAUCCUACUCAAAGAAAAGCAUGAAACUAUCAGUCUCGACCGUCUGAAACCAGCAUAUUUGGAAUCACCCAUUUCACCAACCGUUCCAACCACUGUUCAACCAAGCCUAUCUACUCAUGACAAUCCUAAACCUUCUCAAGUGACUACUACACCAACCACUAAGCCUCCGCCUCCCUCCAUCACUCCUUCUUCAUCAUCUACCGAGCCUGAAAUCAGACAAACUCGUUCGGGUAGAAAGGUGCAUUUUCCAAAGCGUUUUGUUCAAGUCCUUCAUUUUAAUUGAGAAAUUAUUUUCUUCAUUUGGACUAUUACUAUUUUCUUUGUUAUCGACCGUUUCAUUUUAUUCAACGAUCUAGGAGGGGGCUGAUGUAGUAUUUUCCAAAUUUCAUCCUUUUUCAUUUCUCAACUUUGCCUUCUAUUACUCAUCAUCUUCGAGAGGACAUUACCCUUGGAUACCAGUUAUUUCCACUCCUUAGCAAUAAACAUGUCAACACGUGGUCAAGAAUGACCCUCAGCACAGCACAUUCACCUGUGACUCACUUUAAAUUCUCUGAAUUGGUACCUCUCUCUCCCCUCUCUCUUUGUUUACAUCCUACAUCACAUUUGGGAUGAAAACUACUACUUUCUUUUCUGAACACACUUCUCAAAGUUUUCUUCUUCAGUAAACACGUGUCUUGAGAACGUCGUCAAAUAACUUAAUACAUUUGUGGAUUCCAUCAUCUCACUUGGAGCAAAUUCAUCCAUUGCAUCUUCCACAGCAUACCAUUUCAAAUUUGCGUACUACCCUUUUUUCUCUGUUAUUUUCACUAAGAGAAAAUCCAAAUACCGCUUGUGCUAGCCAAGUUAUUUUUUGUGAUAUAAUCUUGUGUGAUUUUGUGUCAUUGGGAUUGUGCAAUAAUUGGAACACUUUGUUAUAUUGGAGGAUUGUCUGUCGGAUCUCUACACGCAUAAAGUCGCCCCGAUAUGAUGUUGACGCCGUCUACGUCCUGUCGGCUUGCCUAGAUUGGGAAUUUCUAAGUAUGCCGAUGUCUGACUGUGUUCUGCCUUCUGGACUUUUUAACCGGUGAUUUGGACUGGAAUCAAUAGAUUUUCAUUUGACCUGUAACCCUUGACCUGAAUUGGCUUUAAUUUGAAUCAUCAAAAAUGGGGUCAAAGUAUGACAAGGAACCUUGUUGUGGGAUCUCGCUGCUCAAGUAUGUUCUCUUCAUCUUCAAUUUCUUCCUUUUGAUUGGUGGAGCGGGUGUUCUAGGCGUUGGAAUCUGGACGGUCAUAUCAAAGUUUGAUUACACCGAGGUACUAUGCUCGCACGCCUACAUCAUCUCGACAUACGCACUCAUCAUAUCAGGGGGCGUGGUCAUCAUUGUUGCGGCAACCGGUUGCUAUGGUGCCGUGCAGGAGGUCAAAGGUUGUCUGUUGCUGUACUUCACAUUGCUGCUUCUUCUGUGUCUGAUUGAGCUAGGUGUAGGUGUCUUUGUCUAUUAUUACAGAGGAGAGCUACAAGUUGAACUUGAGAAGUGCAUGAACAGUUCAAUGACUAAGAACUAUGGACUAGAUGGUAACAGUGCUUACACUGCAACAGUAGAUGAUUUACAGAAUAGUUUCAACUGCUGUGGAGCUGCUAGCUUUGAAGACUGGACCAAGAGCGAGUGGAAGAUUAACGGGUUAGCAGGGAAUCGUAGCGUCCCUGAGAGCUGCUGUAAAACCAUAAGUCCCUACUGCUCUAUCAGAACGCAUCCUUCAAAUAUAUAUCAACAGGGUUGUGUAGUUGGCCUGUCAUUGAUUGUUGAAGAUCAUCUUAUCAUAAUAGGUGCUGUUAGCUUAGCGAUAGCGGGUGCUGAGAUCAUGGGACUUAUCUUCUCCAUGUGUCUUUACUGUCAUCUCCGAUAUGAAGAACAGGAGCCCUACUGAUGAAUGAUGCAACAACUCAUUAUAAUAUAUGCAUAAAUUUGCAUAUCUUAUGCUACUGAGAUAGAGAUCAUUCAUAAGACAUCGAUAUUGUGCACUCUUUUUGCUGCACUUACAAAAUAUUAGAUGGUAUGAAAAUAAUGAACUUGAUUUGAGAAUUAAUAGGGGCACACAGAUUCGGCCUUUUCUCCAUAUCUAUCUAUUUACAACUCAUGUUUUUUUAUAGAAUGCCGGCAGUUUUAUAUAUUUUCGACAAUAAUUUGAAGAAGAGUAACAAAAUUUGUUCUUGAUUACCUAGUGGAGAAUUUAAAGGGGGAGUUCCCCCUGAAGAAAAGUUUAUUAAAAAAUAGCAGAAAACUAAUACAAAUUAUUGGUGAAGGUUUGAGUAAAAUCCAUCAAAGAUUAAAAACUUAAUAGAAUAUUAAUUUUUUAAUUGUGAGGCAUAUAUGCGAGCAGCUUUCCCAUGUACCGAGUAGUAAAAAAGGUCAAUGAAAUGUUAAAAAAAAAAAAAAAAUGAUUUUAUUGUAUUUUCAAUAUAUUAAAAGGCAAAUUAUCUCACUCCCACUACAGAAAGAAAAAAAAAAAAGUCUCCAUGAACCAUAAAUAGACAUUUCAAUGCAUUUUGUAUUAAUAUUAAUAAUAUCAAUAUUGCCCAAUAAGUAUUUACAUAACUUAUGGGGCAGCUGCUUGUAUAUGAAGUCAUAAAUAAAAAAAACUUACAAGUCUAAUAACUUUCUUAAUCUUUAAUGGAUUUCCGUCAAACAUCCACCAAAUUUUUAAAAUUAUAUUUUUGCAACUGAACUUCCCCUUUAACACUCGAUACUUCGGUGCCCAAGGGUGAAGAAAUAUUAUUUUUUUGUGACUCUCCACCACAAAAAACAAGUCAGACUUGAAGUUUUUAAACUAAGAGAGAAAGAGGUAAAAUGCAAUUUUUUUUAAGUAAUUUUUUUUCCCCAGCCAAACAUCUGUUGUAUUUCAAAGUCACAUAUGGUUGUCAAACUUUCAUUUCCAGGGUUUAAACAUAUUAUUAUUACAUUAUCGGCCAGAAACUCCCAUUAUCUUAGUCAUAUUUUUAGAGAUGGUUUGGUAUAUGAGUCAAGUAAGCGGAAAGGAUUAUAUGUGUGCAAACAGUAUUCUUCACAAUUUUCACAUUCAUAUAAUAAUCCAAUCUUAAUGCUUAGUAAGAUUGCAGCCUCAUAAUUUUUUUUUAAACAUGAAAACGGAGGGGGGGGGGGGUCUCCCUCCAUCCGUAACCCUUCUUUUCUCUGUUAUCACUGGUUUUUUUUGUUUUCUAAAUUUCUAACAUUCUUAUUAUUUUUUCAAGGCAUUUUUCUUCAAGUCAUAGAAAGUUAAUUAUUUCAAAGCUUCAAAUACUCCUUUUCUCACCUCACAUGCACACAGUUGAAAACAAGACAAAAAAGAGUCAAUUUGUAUUUUUUAAUCAUUUGUGGUGGAGUGUCAUAUUCGAUGCCUUAGAUAUAUGUAUCUCUGGACAUUCUAUGGGAUUUUCCCUUAGUUUUUAAUGGUGCUAUUUUUCUUCCUUAUGAUGUUUGCUUUUUAUGAUAA